AUGGCGGAGCAGCUUGCUUCCGUGCCGGAGGAGAGCGCCACCGGCUUCGCGGCUCCCUGCCCGCCGCCCAACUCCUACCGCGAGGAUAUCCUGAGCGUCGGUGUCGUCUGGCCCGAAUGGCGCGUCACAUCGACUCACUCCUCCCAGUCCGGUCACAGCGGAUCCAACUACUCCAGCGACUCCGGCGCCUCCAGGUCCAACAACUCAGGCUACUCCUCCGGCUCGGUGUUCGCCGGCGCAGCCGACUUGGGUGCCAAGGAGCUCACAAAGAUCGCUCAACGAAUGUUCAGCGACGGCUACCUCCAACGCAUAUUCCAAACAUUCAUCGAGUCAUCGUCCUCGCCAGUAGUCCCAUACGAUGACUGGUGUUCGCUGGAGAAUUGGUUCAUCGAGCUUGAUGCCGACUGGGUUCUCCAAAGACACAACAACCAUGAUUUACGGCAGCAGCUCCAAGAGGCGCCCGUGUCUCGGCUCGAAGAAUUCGUGGAGAGGUGGAUCCGAGCUCUCACCGUAAUCCUCGCCAGCAUCAAAGAGCUGGUCGCUGCCACCCACGAGAUGCCAGCAGUUGUACGGUUUGCCAAAGCGAGCAUCUCACCGAUGCUCGUCUUUGUCGACGCCGUCGUCCAUGUUUUCGAGUUGGAGAAGCUACAGGCUGCGCUACACACUUAUGUAUGCGUCUCCAAUGCAUCAUACGACAUGUGUACAAUGCACCUGAUCUCUUCGAAAGCCCCAAGCUUUUUCAGCGACAUAGGCGCCCCGUUGGACAGAGCAAGGCAGAGGUUAAGGUGGGCCAUAUCAAAGAAGAUGUGGGAUUUGGUGUUGGAACUUGAUCAUGAUGACUCGUGGCCUAUCGAGAUUCUGCAAGGAGAAAGCAAGAUUCACAAGAACAUUCGGUUGGCGGCAGAGUGCAUAGUGCUGAUGAGGAAAGCACAUGCUUCGACGCAGAAGAACUCUGCAGGGAGCCACCACACGGGAGAGCUAAUUGGUAACCUGAUACAUAACACAACCGGUUACCUGAAGCGUCUUAUUUUGGCAAAAUCGAAGCUGUUCACAAAUCCAAGCGUAAGGUACAUGUUCCUGCUCAACAAUUCCCAUUUCAUAGCGCAGGUGUCUGAGCCAUCGGGGGACCACCAGGGACUUAAACUUACACCUGAAUGUCAGAAGCAUAUGGAUAGUUAUCUUCAUGCUUCUUGGGGGCAAGUGUUGUCAUGCCUUCAGAAAUCAAAGUUUCCCGGACCGCUCCGUCACUGGAUUAGCACCUCUUCGCUAGCUAAAUUCGAGACAGUGUUUCAUCAAACUUACCAGGCACAGAAGUUAUGGAAGGUUCCAGACCCUCGGCUCAGAGAUGUGCUGCGGAAAGCUAUCACCAGGAGAGUUAUUUCAGGUUACCGCAACUACCUGAAGGAACAUCCCAGGCUACAGAAACAUGUUGGCCGCGAAAGCAGCAGUCCGGAAAUUUUGGAGGAGAUGUUGGGAGAGCUAUUUGAAGGAUGA